AUGAGGUUCAGUACUAACGGGAGCAAUAGCAGCAGCAGCAGCUUCCGAGCCAAUGAGGAGGGAGAAGAAGAAGGUGUUCGAGCAGCGUUUCUUGUCGACAGCGUCGUGUACGCACUGGUUGGCGGCAUAGCAGGCGUUCAGCUGCUGCGUAACUGCUGUCGGUAUCGCCCUUGGACUGUGCAGAAGAUGAUUCAUCUGCUCCUGUUCUUGGCCGCACUUGAUCGAUCGGUGUUCCUGCUAUUGGUGACUUUCGAUUGGUGCGACGUUCUGUCGGGCGAAGUCCGAGCAUCUGAGUGCUCUCCAGUCAAGCGAGACCUGUUCUACGUCAUGGAUCAAGUGCCGAUUCUGGCUUUCUUUGCCAUCUAUGCUCUAUUGGUACAGUUCUGGGCAGAGGUGUACUACAAUGCAGUGGAUAAGCUGUCGACGUUGACAGACGUUGUGAAACCUGCUAUUCGAUGGUUCAUUGUGAUUGUACUGCUCGUUCAAGGGUUGUUUUGGGCGUUCUACGCGUCAGUGUGGCGAAAUGAGCGUGCGUUCUUCACAAAAACACAAGCAAUAUUGAACAUGGAGCUUUUCCUGAUUAUCGCCACUAGUUUUAUCUACUUUGGGAGGAAAGCGUACACCGAACUACGAUCGGUGCCGGUGGAACUGAGAAUUCGAUCACGGAAGCUGAGAGAGCUGGUGAAUAUAACGUCGAUCGGUACAUCCUGUUUCAUGACUCGUUGCGCGCUGCAGAUUAUUUUGUCGACCGAGAAACGUCAGCUCCACGACCGUAGUACGUGGUUUGUAGUGGUGGUAUACUAUGCUUUAUUGGAAAUUGUACCAGCGCUGUCGGUGCUGUACUUCAAUCGUCGGUUGCCCACUCGUCGAGAGUCUAGCAGCCUGUCCGCAACGUCGAGACCUAUUCGAGGGUGCGGUAUCUUCUUUGGCACGGACAGGGCUGAUCAUGAUGGAGACAACUCGUUGGAAAAGAGUUUACUUCGUGGAUGA